ACAUCCAACCUGAGUGUAGUUGAGACGAGCAUCGGGGGCCUACGCAUCGAUGGCCGGGACACCGAGGCUCUCAUGGCUCUUCUUCACGCUGCUUUUCCUUCUGGUGGGACUUCAGGGAGAACCGAGCGACACCGGGCAAAGACGAAGCAAGAGGAGCACUAACAUUGACCAACCUCGUAUGCAGUCGGACAAUGGUCACCUGGUUUUCACACCCGCAGACAACAAAGAGAUCCGUUUCCAGGCAUCAUCAGGCAAAAUUAAAGUCAACAAUGAAGACCUCACGCAGCUGUUGAGUCAGAUCAAAAACAACAAAGAUGAGAUUGAAAACAUUAAGGCUCAUGGAGGCGAAGUUCCCCCUCAAGUCACUGCUGAACUAAACAAGCUUAAUACGAAGGUGACAGAACUCGAGGGUAAAGUAACGUCACUUGAAACGACGGUCCAGACGGUGUCCUGCAGCAGUAAUCCCUGUCACAACGGAGGAACGUGUUUGAACUUACUCAACUCGUACCACUGUUUGUGUCCCAGCAACUGGGCUGGUCAUAACUGUGCAACAGAUGUGAAUGAAUGUCAGACGUAUGCUGGAACAUUGCAGGCUUGUCAGAACGGUGCGACCUGUAACAACAGUCCAGGAUCAUUCAGCUGUGCCUGUUCUCCAGAAUGGUCCGGGUCCCUUUGCACCGUCCGUUACGAUGACUGCAGGAAUGCAGGACAGGACUUGUGUGUACACGGCAUGUGUAUUGAUGCUGACCGCGUUUCACCUGGACAGCCUAAAUACCAGUGCAUUUGUGAAAGUGGAUGGCAGGCUCCGGCUGGGAACCCGGCCUGUGUAGCAGACGUGGACGAGUGCAGCCUUCCCAAAAAGCCUUGUUCCACCAACCCUGUGGUUGACUGCUUCAACACACAGGGUUCUUUCUACUGUGGACCCUGUCCAGCUGGUUGGCAAGGCAAUGGUUACAGCUGUCAGGAUGUGAAUGAGUGUCUGACCAAUAAUGGCGGCUGCUCCACCAUCCCCAUGGUGCAAUGCCUGAACACCAUGGGAUCCUUCCACUGUGGUGCCUGCCCUCCAGGUUAUGAGGGCGAUGGACGAACGUGCACCCAGAUCAACAUCUGCGCUGUCAACAAUGGAGGCUGCUACCCGUUAGCUACUUGCUCUUCCAACCCUGGCUCCAACCUUCCAAUAUGCACCUGUCCUCCAGGCUAUACAGGUAAUGGUUAUGGACCAACGGGCUGCACCCAGACCAGCAACAUCUGUCAGACCAACAACCCAUGUGUGAAUGGACAGUGUGUGCCCACAACCUCAUCGCCUGGCUACAUGUGCAACUGCAACCCUGGCUGGCAAGGAACAAACUGUGAUCAGAAUAUCAAUGAAUGCGCAAGCAGCCCCUGUCAAAACGGAGGAACCUGCCACGAUGGCAUUAAUGGAUUCACAUGCACUUGCACUUCCCAGUGGACAGGCCCACUCUGCCAGACCGCCCAGCAAGCAUGUGGGGGUUUUCUGACAAGCCCCGAGGGCUCCUUCAGUUACCCCAACACCCCCGGUCACGAUCAGUACGAUCACGAGGUCAGCUGUGCCUGGGUGAUCCGCGUGGACCCAAACAAGAUUGUGCGUAUCACCUUCCCUUACUUCAGUCUGGAGGACAGCGCCAACUGCAACUUCGACUUCCUUCAGAUCCACGAUGGGGACAGCGCCUCUGCUCACAUGCUUGGAAAAUACUGUGGCCAUAAUAACCCCCCGGAGUUGAACAGCUCUCACAACUCCCUGUACUUCUGGUUCCGCUCUGACCACACUGUCAAUGCAGGCGGUUUCACAGUUGCUUGGCAGUCUCAGGACCCAGUGUGUGGAGGCGACCUAACUGCCCCCUACGGCAGCAUUAGCUCACCUGGAUACCCUGGAAACUACCCACCUAACCGGGACUGCUACUGGAGGUUCUCAGUGGACCCUGGCCUGCUCAUCACCUUUGCAUUUGGGACUCUCAGUCUAGAGCAUCACCCUGACUGCAACUUUGAUUACCUAGAGAUCCGGGAUGGUCUCCUUCCUGAAGACCCAAUUCUGGGAAGAUAUUGUAGUACUGGGUCACCUCCCCCACUGCAGACUACCGGCCCAUUGGCAUGGGUCCACUUCCACUCUGACUUCAGCACCAACGAUCGAGGAUUCCACAUUACAUAUACAACAUCACAAAGUGACCCUGGCUGUGGUGGUACCUUCACUGAGAGUGAGGGUAUUAUAAUCUCCCCCAACUGGCCCAACAACUACGCCCACAACCGCCAGUGCCUGUAUUUGAUCAGGUUGCCGGCAGGAGAAAGGGUGGCCCUCAACUUCACCGACAUGAGCCUGGAGACUCACGGCAGCUGCCUUUUCGACUAUGUCGAAGUUCGUGACGGCAGGAUGGAGACCGAUGCUCUGAUUGGCAGGUACUGUGGGAGCAUCCUGCCAGCUCCCAUCCUCUCAUCCACCAACUUCCUUUGGAUUCUCUUCAGGUCGGACAACUCGAUCACCUCAGCUGGUUUCAGGGCCAUCUACACCGUUGCUUGUGGAGGUACUGUGUCUGGGACUGGGCACAUUCGCUCCCCCUACCACCCCAAUCCCUAUCCCCAUAACAAGGUCUGCGAGUGGGUCAUCAACCAGCCAGAGGGCUAUGUGGUCACCCUCAACUUCCUGUCAUUCGACGUUGAAGGAAUAUCCUGUGUUUUUGACUUUGUUGAGGUCAGAGAUGGGUCCACAUCCAGCUCUCCUCUGCUAGGAACAUUCUGUGGUGUUGAGAUUCCCCCCAGGCUCCAGUCCACUCAGAAGUCCAUGUACAUCAAGUUCAAGUCCGACGCCUCCGUCAGCAACCACGGAUUUGAAGCAAUCUACGACUCUGCCUUGCAAGGCUGUGGUGAAACCCUCACCAGUCCUUCAGGCACCAUUACAAGCCCUGGCCACCCCACCAGCUACCCCCACGGUGCCAACUGUACCUGGUACAUCAACGUUGCUCCUGGCUACUUGAUUCGACUGACGUUUGACUCCUUCAACUUGGAGUACCAUGAUAACUGUAACUUUGACUACCUGGAGAUCUAUGACGGUGGCACCGUGCAGAAUGGAACCAUGAUUGGCAGGUACUGUGGCCGUGCGGUGCCUCCAUCCAUCACCAGCACUAACAACUUCCUGACCCUGCUGUUUGUGACUGAUGUGGCUUUGGCCACUGAGGGAUUCUCUGCCACCUAUGUCUCCAUCGACGCUAGUACAGACUGUGGCCAGACGUUCACCUCCCCUACAGGGUCCUUCAGUUCACCCAACUAUCCUGAUCAAUACCCACUGAACAGAGACUGCGUCUUUAAGAUCAUCGUGGGGCUCAACAUGCAGAUAAUGCUCAACUUCACUGACUUUGACCUAGAGGGCUCCCCUCCUUCCUGCUUCUUUGACUUUGUGGAGAUCAGGGACGGCGGCUACGAAACAUCCCCUUUAAUUGGUAAGUUUUGUGCCAGUGAAAGCCCGCCUGUGCUGGUAUCCCAUAGCAACCGGCUUUGGGUUAGAUUCCGCUCUGACUCCAUCAUCACGCGUCGUGGAUUCAUGGCCCACUGGGAUGCCACGACAACCGGUUGUGGGGGGACUUUGACGACUGCCUCUGGGGGCUUUUCUUCUCCUAACUACCCCCUGCCCUAUCAUCCUAAUGCCGAGUGCUACUGGAACAUCAGGACCAGCCAAGGCAGCCUACUUCUCCUCACCUUCUCUGAUUUCCACCUGGAGACGAGCUACUUGUGUACCUUUGAUUACGUGGCUGUGUACGACGGUAACAGCAGCAGUGCUCCAGAACUAGCCAAGCUGUGUGGCAGCCUUCCCCCCACCACCGUCAACUCUUCCAGGCACGAGCUCCAUGUCAAACUGCGCACUGACCACAGCGUCGGUGCUGGAGGCUUUAUCGCCUCGUACACAGCAGUUUGCAACGGCGUGCUGAUCUCAGGACGCCACAGAGGAGUGGUGGAGUCACCAAACUUCCCCAACGACUAUCCACACAACUCCCAGUGCAGCUGGACCAUCCAGGGCAGCGGUGGAAACACCAUCAACUACACCUUCACCUCCUUUGCUGUGGAGCAGACCCUCAACAGCUGCAGCUUUGACUACGUCAAGCUCUUUGACGGACCAAACGAUCAGGCUCCUCUGAUCGGCACGUUCUGUGGAAACACGCCCCCUCCGGCCAGAACCACAACCAGCUCGACGCUCACCAUGGUGUUCAGAUCAGACUCGUCUUUGUCCAUGUCCGGCUUCCAGAUGAUGUGGUACCAGAAUGGUUGUGGUGAGGAGUUCUCAGGACCCAACGGAUCCUUCCACAGCCCAGGCUACCCCAACCAGUAUCCAGAGAACAGGGAGUGCAUCUGGUACAUCACCACGGCAGCUGGCAGCAGUAUCACGCUGACCAUCCACGAGUUUAGCGUGGAGUACCACCAGGACUGUAGCUUCGACGUGCUGGAAGUGUACGGGGGCCCGGACAUGUCGGCCCCUCAGCUGGCCAAGCUGUGCAGCACCACGUCCAGCCCGAUGCAGGUGUCCAGCACGGGCAACAUGAUCCUGGUGCGCUUCAAGUCCGAUGCCUAUGUCAGCGGCCGAGGCUUCAACGCCAGCUGGGCUGAAGUGCAGGGAGGCUGUGGAGGACCAGUCACGGCUCCAUCAGGGGAGAUCCAUUCUCCCUUGUAUCCCAACAGCUAUCCCAAUAAUGCCGACUGCUCCUGGGUCAUCAGCGUAGAUCCCCACCACCGCGUCAUGUUCAACUUCUCUGACCUGGACAUUGAAUCAUUUGGCAACUGUUCCCUGGACUAUGUGGAUAUCCACGACGGUCCAGCCAUGUCUUCUCCUCUGCUCGCCCGCGUGUGCGGCACCAUCCAUCCCUCCCCCAUCAUCUCCACCCAAAACACCAUCUACGUCCGCUUCAGGUCUGACGCCAGCCUCAGCCACCGCGGCUUCAGUGCUCGCUUCUCAGAAGCUUGUGGCUCCACCAUCGUAACAGAUGACAUUGGUGGAGCCAUUGCGUCGCCACUGUACCCAUCCCCGUACCCACCCAAUCAGAACUGUAGCUGGAUCAUCAAAGCACAGGAACCAUUCAACCAUGUGACCCUGUCAUUCACGGACUUUGAGGUAGAGAUGGUCACCUCCAACUGUUCUCAUGAUGCUGUGGAGAUCUUGGAUGGGGACAACUACCAGGCACCUUCUAUAGGGCGCUACUGUGGUGAUGAGGUUCCUCACCCUGUGACAUCCUUCAGUAACGCUUUAGUGGUCAACUUCAUCUCUGAUCACGCGGUCUCCAGAAAAGGAUUCAGAGCUGCUUUCUCAGCUUCCACCUCCAGUUGCGGGGGAGAUAUGGUGAUGGAGACCGGUGCUUUUAACAGUCCUAACUACCCAGAUGCUUAUCCGCCUAAUGUGGAGUGUGUGUGGACCAUCAGGAGCUCACCAGGAAAUCGUCUCCAGCUCUCAUUCAUCACCUUCCACCUGCAGGGAGAUGCCAGCUGUCAGGACGACUACCUGGAAAUCAGAGAGGGCAACUCCACAGGACACUUGAUCGGCCGCUUCUGUGGAACUAGGCUUCCCGCCAACUACACAUCUGUGAUUGGUCACAUCCUGUGGGUUAAGUUUGUGUCGGAUGCAUCUCUGAGUGCAGCAGGAUUCAGAGCCACCUUCUCACACUUGUACGGCAAUGAUGUGACAGGGGAGUCUGGUCAGAUCGCAUCCCCACUGUAUCCCAGGACCUACCCCUAUAACUCCCACUACCACUGGACCGUCACCGUGGCAGGAGACAGCUACGUCCAGAUCCGCUUCCUGGACAUAGACAUUGAGGACUUAUGGGACUGCUACUAUGACAGUCUCAAAAUAUUCGAUGGCCCCAGCAUUUAUCACUACCGCCUCGGGACGUUCUGCGGUCUGUCUCUGCCCCCUCCCAUAAGAAGCUCUGGCAGCGUUGUCACCCUCCAGUUUCAGUCUGAUGCAAUCGUGGGGGGACGAGGCUUCCUCCUGGAAUGGACAGCCAUCCAGGAGAUUGGACCACCCCCCACCAUACCGCCAGGUGCUUGUGGUGGAUAUUUAAUGACGGGGGAGACUCCCGGCUUCCUCUUUUCCCCCGGUUGGCCUGAGAACUACCCCCCCAACCAGGAGUGCACGUGGCUGAUACGCUCUCCAAACUCGAUUGUGGAGUUUAACGUCUUGUCUCUGGACGUGGAGGACUACCCCAACUGCUACUUCGACAGCCUCGUCAUCAGAGACGGUGACAACAGCUUAUCACCUCUGCUGGCUGCUGUAUGUGGUCGGGAGCCUCCUGGUUCUCUUCACUCAACAGGGGACUCCAUGUACAUCCACUUCUCCUCAGACAGCGUCAUCAAUGCUCGAGGCUUCAACGCCUCCUACUCCAGAGGUUGUGGCGGCCUCAUGCAUGUGGACAGAGGUGUGGUGAGCAGCCCCCACUACCCCCAGAGCUACCUGCCUAAUCUAGCCUGCAACUGGCAUGUGAUGGUGACACCUGGCUCCAGGGUCUCCGUCGCUUUCCAGAGCCCGUUCCAAGUCCAAGGCUACGGAACUAGCUGCAGUUCUGGGGACUACAUUCAGCUCAGGAACGGUCCAGAUGCUUCGUCUCCUCCACUGGGGCAGCGUCUCUGUGGUGCAACUCCCCCAUCCAUCAUCCAGACCACUGACAACCACCUCUUUAUUCAGUUUGUGACUGAUGCCAGUAAUGAGGCCACCGGCUUCAAGCUGAUCUUUGAGGCCCACAGCCAGGCGUGCGGCGGUUUUAUAUUGCUGAACGAUAACGAUCCACCAGGCUACAUCACUUCCCCUGACUAUCCUGGGAACUACCCCCAGAACAUUGACUGCGUCUGGGUCAUCACUGUGCCCAAUGGUGAAGCCGUACAAAUUGACUUUGAGGAUGAUUUCUACAUUGAGCCCCACCCAGGCUGUGCCUUUGACUACUUGGAGCUGCGGGACGGCUCCUCAUUCAACGCGGACCUCAUUUCCCGGCUCUGUGGCAGCACCCGACCGUCCACCCAGCAUUCUAAAGGUUCCUCCAUGAUGCUCAGGUUCCGUACUGACUCCAGUGUCACUCACAAAGGCUUCAGGGCAAAGUACUCCAUAGCGACAUGUGGAGGUACCUACGUAGGUCAGAGCGGUUCCAUCCACAGCCCUGGCUUCCCAGGAUCCAACUAUCCCGACAGCUCCAACUGCGAGUGGUACCUGGAGGGGCCCACAGGGCACUACCUCACUCUCAGCUUCUCAAACUUCACCCUGCAGCACUCUGUAGACUGCACUGCUGACUAUGUGGAGAUCCGAGAGUACAAUGCCUCAGGGCGUCCUCUGGCCCGACACUGUGGCAGCAGCCUCCCAGCUUCCAUAGACACAUCCGACAGUUUCGCCUACGUCCGGUUCGUCAGUGACGCCAGCGAAAAUGCACCCGGCUUUAGUCUGUCGUUUGAAGCCAGCGUUGAAGCUUGUGGUGGACAGCUGAACGCUCCCUCAGGAACCAUCUCCUCCCCGAACUACCCCAACCUGUACCCACACAGUCGGGUGUGCCGCUGGGAGGUGGUGGUGUCUCCGGGCCGCCGGGUCACUCUCACCAUCAACGACCUGCGCCUGGAGGAGUCUGGUGCUUCCUGUCCGUUUGACUACGUCGAUGUAAUCAACGGGUUGACGAACACGUCCCCGCGCCUACAGCGAUUCUGUGGUACCGUCCCAGCAGGCACCCAGGUCCGGUCUUCUGGCAACACCAUGACCGUCAUAUUCAGCACUGAUGCUUCUGUGUCUAACGGCGGCUUCACGGCUUCCUACUCCUCCGAUGAGCCAGCAGUGUGUGGUGGAAUUCUAGACAACCCACAGGGUGGAAACUUCACUUCCCCCGGCUACCUGGUGUCCAACUACAGUGAGAACCUUAACUGCGAGUGGCUGAUCAGGAACCCAGGACAUGUCAAUUCCUCCAUCGUGGUGCUGAUAGAAGACCUGCACGUGGAGAACCACCAGAACUGUCAAUUAGACUACCUCCAGUUCCGCCUAGGUGAUGCAAAUGGGGAAACGCUGGCCAGGUUUUGUGGAAACACCAUCCCCAGUGUUCCCAUUGUGGUGUCCACCCCAGAGCUCUGGGCCCAUUUCCAGACUGAUGGCGCCAACGGUGACCUGGGCUUUAAGGCCAAAUACUUCUUCUCUGAGUGUGGAGGCUUGCAGACUGGUGAGGAAGGGGUGUUGGCCAGUCCUGAAUACCCCGGCCUGUACCCCAGCCCCAGUCGCUGUGCUUGGCUGCUUGAAGCCCCAGUGGGUCACACUAUUAAGCUAACAUUUAGCUACUUCCACCUGGAGCCCCACAAUACAUGUGGCUGGGACUCUGUCACCAUCUUCAAUGGGGGAUCCCCGGGUUCUCCAAUUAUUGGCCAGUACUGUGGAAACACCUCCCCAGGAACCAUCCAGUCUGGAUCUAACAAGCUGACCGUAGUCUUCCUGGCGGAUCAUAGUGUGUCUGCAGGAGGCUUCAGGGCAUCAUGGACGACUGACUCCUCAGGCUGCGGUGGCAUCAUCCACGCUGAUACAGGACUCAUCAAGUCGCCGAACUACCCCCAGAACUUCCCAGCCAACGUGGAGUGUUCCUGGCAGAUCGUUGCCCACGAGGGAAGCCACCUGGAGAUGACUUUCGACAACGAGUUCCAGAUCCCUGACAGUACUGGGACCUGUCAGAACAGCUACAUCAAGGUGUGGUCCGGUCAGACCCAGAACAACGAGGCUUUGUUAUCAACAGGUUGUGGCUCUGUGGCCCCAAACCCCAUUAUCGCCCCUAAUAACAUAAUCACAAGUCGAUUCCAAGCCACUGAUGUGACCGGCAAAGGUUUCUCAGCUUACUUCAGCACCCGUUGUGGAGCGAACUUCACCGCUGCCAAAGGUCGUGUGGUUUCUCCAAAUUACCCAGCGGACUACCCGAACAACGCCAACUGCAACUACACCAUAAACGCUGGGGAAAAGACUGUGAUUGUCCUCAUCUUCCAGACCUUCCAAGUAGAAGCCCACUCCACCUGCAUGUACGACGGGCUGAAGAUCUACAAUCUGGCCGGUGGCCCUCCUCUGGCCACAGUGUGUGGUCACAACAUCCCAGGACCCUUCUCCACCUUUGGCCCCAUGUCACUCCACUUCUACUCCGACUUUGUGGUGCCUGAUGGUGGCUUUAUGGCAGAAUACAGGGCCAUCCCAUGUGGGGGUUUCUUUAACAGCACUAUGGGCACAGUGAGCAGUCCAACACUCUCCAUGACCAACUACCACCACAACAUUAACUGCACCUACCACAUCAUGGUCGCAGCAAACAGAGUCAUUGAUCUCAAGUUCAACACCUUCCAUCUGGAGGCGUCCUCUUUCUGCCAGUUUGACUACGUGGCCGUUUAUGACGGACAGGACACUCUGGCACCUUUACUGGGGAAAUUCUGCGGCACAGUGCUCCCGCCCGACCUGCGCUCGUCCAGCAACCAGCUUUUCCUCGCCUUUGUGACAGAUUUUUCUGGAGACGGGAUUGGCUGGAGGGCCACGUACAGUCAGACUCUCGGUCCAUCACAGGGAUGUGGAGGCUACCUGUCCAUGCCCAUGGGCAUGCUCGGGUCGCCGGAUCCAAACCUGGACGGUCGCUAUGAACCCAACAUGGACUGCCUGUGGACCAUCGAGAUGCCCGUCAACAAGGCCAUCAACCUGACCUUCACCUCUUUUGACCUGGAGAGCGCCACUGACUGUCGCUUCGACUAUGUCAACGUGUAUGAUGGAGACAGCAUCCAUUUCCCUUUGAUCGGGAAAUUUUGUGGAAACACUGUUCCUGCCUAUAUUGUAUCUGCUGGCAACUUCCUGACGGUGCGCUUUGCCUCGGACAGCUCCAUAGAGCGCGCGGGCUUCAAUGCCACCUACAGAUCUGUGCCAAUGCUUUGCGGCGGGAUUGCGAACGCCACAGCCGCCGUGCAGACCCUGACCUCGCCCUCCUUCCCCGGUGCCUAUCCUCCCUACACUCACUGUCGCUGGAUCCUGGACGCUCCGGCUCAGGAAUCGGUCAAAGUGUCGGUCCAGACGUUGGUGUUCCAGCCCAGUCAGAGCUGCUCCACAAACUACCUAGAGAUGAGAGACUGGCCCAUGGGUGACUAUGGACAGUCUCACAAGUUCUGUGCAGCAGACAUUCAUCCACCUGACUUCUACAGCUACGGCAGAACAGUCCACGUGUAUUUCAAAUCUGACGCCUUCAUGGCAGGAAACGGGAUGAGUUUAACCUAUCAGAUCGCCGGGUGCAGCCGAACCUACGAGCAGGAGUUCGGAUACCUGAAGAGCCCAGGCUGGCCCAACGUCUACCCCCACAGCAUGGACUGCACCAUGAUCCUGAAGGCACCGCACAACCACACCAUCUCUUUCUUCUUUAACAGUUUUGAUGUGGAAAACCACCCUGACUGUGCAUUUGACUCUCUGGAGAUCCGUAAUGGCAGCACAGCAGCCUCUCCGCUGAUCGGUAAGUUCUGUGGCAGCACCCUGCCCAGCCCCAUCUUCCCACGGUCCGGCCUGCUCUACCUACGCUUCAAGACCGACUUCUCCGGUGAGCGAGACGGCUUUGACGCCACCUGGACGUCCUCCCCUCACGGCUGUGGUGGCACUCUGUACGGAGACCAUGGGUCAUUCUCCAGUCCCAACUACCCAGGCACCUAUGCAAACAACACCCACUGUGAAUGGGGCAUCCUGGCUCCCAGAGGUCGCGUGGUGACAAUCACCUUUGCUCAGUUCAGUGUUGAUGACCCCGGAGAUUGCCAGAACAACUUCCUGAAGUUGUACGAUGGCCCAGACAGCACCUCGGCACCCGUUGGACCUUACUGUGGAAUGGAAACCAACAUUUCUCCAUUCACAUCCUCCUCCCAUCAAGUCCACAUUGUUUUCCAAGCCCUGUAUUCCACCCUGCCUUCAGGGUUCAGACUCACCUGGAGGAGCUGAAAGAAUAAAACACACACACACACACACACACACACACACACACACACACACACACACACACACACACACACACACACACACACACACACACACACACACACACACACACAGCUGCUGACUCUUAAUCAUGUUUUCAUAUUUUCAGGGUAAAAAACUUUAUUAUUUUGUAAACAAACAAAUGUAAAUAACAAUGUGAUACUGUUAUAAUAAAGAAAUGAUUUGCAAUAGUG